AUGGAUGCAAUGAUGGGAGCAUAUUUUGAUCGUAGUCUUUUACUUGUUGCACAAAGUAUCCAAUAUUAUAUUGAAGAAGGUUCUUGUCGUACUCAAUUACUUAAUCCAGGAUUAUUUCAAUUAUCAUUUAAUAAAACUAAUUCAAUGAUAGUUCGUGUCGAUUCAAAAAAACCGAUUAGUUUUGUUUUAGAUGUUGAAAAAUUACUCGUUCUAUCGAUUCUUACUUGUGAUAAUAUUGAUAUUAAAUCUAAACGUAUAAAUCAAAUAAUCAAUCGUCCAAGUUUUAUAUUAAAAAUAUAA